CCUUUCCGGCCCAGCAGGCUGCCUGGCUGGGCGUACGGAGCGACCCGCCGCCGCCCUGUGAGGAGAGGCUGCUGCCCCCGUCGCCAUCAUGCCGGUGUAUUUCCAGCGGCCCGAGAAUGCCCUGAAGCGGGCGAACGAAUUUCUUGAGGUUGGCAAGAAACAACCUGCCCUUGAUGUUCUUUAUGAUGUUAUGAAAAGCAAAAAACAUCGAACAUGGCAAAAAAUCCACGAGCCGAUUAUGCUGAAGUAUCUGGAGCUGUGCGUGGACCUCCGCAAGAGCCACCUGGCAAAGGAAGGAUUGUAUCAGUACAAGAACAUUUGCCAGCAGGUGAACAUCAAAUCCUUGGAGGAUGUUGUUCGAGCCUAUUUGAAACUAGCUGAAGAAAAAACGGAAGCUGCCAAGGAAGAGUCCCAGCAGAUGGUGCUAGAUAUAGAAGACUUGGAUAAUAUUCAAACUCCAGAGAGUGUUCUCUUAAGUGCUGUAAGUGGGGAAGACACUCAAGAUCGUACAGAUCGGCUGCUUUUGACUCCCUGGGUUAAAUUUCUAUGGGAAUCAUACAGACAAUGUUUGGACCUUCUUCGAAACAAUUCUAGAGUGGAACGCCUCUACCAUGAUAUUGCACAGCAAGCUUUUAAGUUCUGCUUGCAGUACACUCGUAAGGCUGAGUUCCGUAAACUCUGCGAUAACCUGAGGAUGCAUUUAGGGCAGAUCCAACGCCACCAUAACCAAAGUACAGCAAUUAACCUCAGUAAUCCUGAGAGCCAGUCUAUGCACUUGGAGACAAGGCUUGUACAGCUGGACAGUGCUAUUAGCAUGGAAUUGUGGCAGGAAGCUUUCAAAGCAGUGGAGGAUAUUCAUGGGCUAUUCUCCUUGUCUAAGAAACCACCCAAGCCCCAGCUGAUGGCAAAUUACUAUCACAAAGUUUCCACUGUCUUCUGGAAAUCAGGAAAUGCUCUUUUCCAUGCAUCCACACUUCACCGACUGUACCAUCUGUCAAGAGAAAUGCGAAAGAAUCUCACACAAGAGGAGAUGCAGAGGAUGUCAACCCGAGUCCUUUUGGCUACUUUGUCAAUUCCUAUAACUCCUGAGCGAACUGAUAUUGCUCGUCUUCUGGAUAUGGAUGGUAUCAUCGUUGAAAAACAGCGACGUCUGGCCACGCUGCUGGGCCUUCAGGCCCCACCUACACGCAUCAGUCUUAUUAAUGACAUGGUGAGGUUCAAUGUAGUGCAGCAUGUUGUUCCGGAGGUGAAGGAACUUUACAAUUGGCUUGAAGUAGAUUUCCACCCACUAAAGCUAUGUGAUCGUGUAACCAAGGUUCUAAACUGGGUGAGAGAUCAAGUUGAAAAGGAACCUGAAUUGCAGCUGUAUGUCCCACAUCUGCAAAACAACACCAUCCUUCGUCUUCUGCAGCAGGUGGCGCAGAUUUAUCAGACCAUCGACUUUUCUCGUUUAACUACCUUGGUUCCUUUUGUUGAUGCUUUCCAAUUAGAACGUGCUAUUGUCGAUGCAGCCAGACAUUGUGACUUGCAAGUUCGCCUUGAUCAUACUUCUCGAACGCUGAGCUUUGGAUCAGAUUUAAAUUAUUCAACUCGGGAAGAUGCCCCGCUUGGCCCUCAGCUGCAAAGUAUGCCUUCUGAGCAAAUUAGAAAUCAGCUGACUGCUAUGUCCUCUGCUCUCGCUAAGGCUCUUGAAGUCAUUAAACCGCCAAACAUAGUGCAAGAGAAGGAAGAACAACAUCAGUUAGCUGUCACUGCUUACUUAAAAAAUUCAAGGAAAGAGCAUCAGCGUAUCCUUGCUCGUCGUCAAACUAUAGAGGAGAGAAAGGAGCGUCUUGAAAGUCUAAACAUUCAGCGUGAGAAAGAAGAGUUGGAACAGCGUGAAGCUGAACUUCAAAAAGUUCGUAAAGCUGAAGAAGAGAGACUCCGCCAGGAGGCAAAAGAGAGAGAGAAGGAGCGUAUUCUGCAAGAACAUGAGCAAAUCAAAAAGAAAACUGUUCGUGAACGGUUGGAGCAAAUUAAGAAAACUGAACUGGGAGCCAAGGCAUUCAAAGAUAUUGAUAUUGAGGAUCUUGAAGAAUUGGACCCUGACUUCAUCAUGGCUAAACAGGUUGAACAGCUGGAGAAAGAAAAGAAGGAACUCCAAGAACGUCUGAAGAAUCAGGAAAAGAAGAUUGACUAUUUUGAAAGAGCAAAGCGCUUGGAAGAAAUUCCUCUGAUAAAGACUGCCUAUGAAGAACAAAGAAUCCGAGAUAUGGACCUGUGGGAACAGCAAGAAGAAGAAAGGAUCACCACAAUGCAGCUGGAACGCGAAAAAGCCUUGGAGCAUAAGAACAGGAUGUCAAGGAUGUUGGAGGAUAAAGACUUAUUUGUAUCUAGGCUCAAGGCAGCACGACAAUCCAUUUAUCAGGAAAAACUCAAACAGUUCGAAGAAAGGUUAGCAGAAGAAAGACAUAACCGUUUGGAGGAACGUAAGAGACAACGCAAAGAGGAGAGGCGUGUUUCUUAUUACAGAGAAAAGGAGGAGGAAGAGCAGAGAUUGCAAGAAGAAAAAAUACUUAAAGAGCUCGAAGAGAAGGAACGUGUUGAGCGUGAAAAACGUGAGCAGGAACAGCGUGAAUACCAGGAGCGUGUCAGAAAACUAGAAGAAGUAGAGAGGAAAAAACGUCAAAGAGAGCAGGAAAUUGAAGAGAGGGAGCGUCGCAGAGAAGAGGAGAGGAGGGGUCUUGAUGACCCACUUUCAAGAAGGGAAUCUCGUUGGGGUGAUAGAGAUGCUGACAACACCUGGAGACGAACAGCUGAGCCAGAAUCUGAAUGGAGACGAGCACCACCAGAGAGGGAAUGGCGCCGUGGAGAAGGGCGUGAGGAUGAAAGACCUUUCCGAAGAGGAGAUGAUCUACUUAGACGUGGUGGUGCUGAAGAGAAAGAGCCUUCUUCCCGGGAAGCAAAUGAAGACCGAGCCCCCAAGCAGGAUGUGGAAGAGGACGGGGAACCCAGGCGGGGCGUGGACGAGGAUGGGGAACCCAGGCGGGACGAGGAUAGGGAACCCAGGCGGGACGAGGACGGGGAACCCAAGCGGGACGAGGACGGGGAACCCAGGCAGGGCGUGGACGAGGAUGGGGGACCUAGGCGGGGCGUAGAUCAGGACAGAGGGAGUUGGCGCACUGCAGAUGACGACAGGGGGCCCAGGCGUGGCCUGGAAGACGACAGGGGGCCCAGGCGUGGCCUGGAAGACGACAGGGGGCCCAGGCGUGGCCUGGAUGACGACAGGGGGAAUUGGCGCACUGCAGAUGAGGAUAGGGGUCCCAGGCGCGGGCUGGAUGAGGAUAGGGGUCCCAGGCGCGGGCUGGAUGAGGAUAGGGGGAGUUGGCGCACUGCAGAAGACAACAGGGGACCCAGGCGUGGCCUGGAUGACGACAGGGGACCCAGGCGGGGCCUGGAUGACGACAGGGGGAGUUGGCGCACUGCAGAUGACGACAGGGGACCUAGGCGUGGCCUGGAUGACGACAGGGGACCUAGGCGUGGUCUGGAUGACGACAGGGGACCUAGGCGGGGCCUGGAUGACGACAGAAUUUCCAGACGAGAUGAGGACAGAGGCCCCUGGCGUAGUGCAGAUGAGGAUCGACUCUCAAGACGUGAUGAUGACAGAGGUCCAUGGCGUGGUGGGGAUGACGACAGAGGGCCCAGGCGUGGUGAUGAUUCAAGACCUGGUCCUUGGAGACCAUUUGGUAAACCAGGUGGAUGGAGAGAACGAGAGAAAGCUCGUGAAGACAGCUGGGGACCCCCGCGAGACUCCAGACCUUCGGAAGACCGUGAGUUGGAUAGAGAUAAAGAUAUUGAUGAAAACGAAAAGGAUCGUGAGUUUGACAAAGAUAGUGACCUUGAUCGGGAUGAUCGCUUCAGACGUCCAAGGGAUGAGGCUGGCUGGAGAAGAGGACCAGCUGAGGAAGUUUCCAGCUGGAGAGAUUCAAGUCGUCGAGACGAAUGGGAUAGAGGUGGUCGUGACAUGAGAGAUGACCGGGGUGGUCGUGAUCUGAGAGAUCGGCGUCCUGAUGAUAGAGAUAGAAGAGGACCUCCAAUCAGAACAGACCGUGAAGAAACGAGUUCAUGGCGGCGUGGUGAUGACAGAAAAGAAGAACGUGGGGAAGAGCGUGAAACUAUCCGGCGAGCUGCUCCGGCUCUGGCUCCGGCUCCGGCUCCGGCUCCGGCUCCUACUCCUGUUCCUGCUGCUGCUCCCACUGCUCCACCUCCUAUUUCAAAAGAUAGGGAGAGGGAUGCAGAGAGCGAGAAGGGGUCCUGGAGAACAGAAAAAGAACGAGAAUCUCUUCGUCGCACUAAAAAUGAAACAGAUGAAGAUGGAUGGACCACUGUACGACGUUAAUUCAAAAACUAAACACAGUUUAAACAGGUGUUUUAGGGUUGAUUUGAGCAAAUCCACAGAUUAUUAUAUUUGUGCUUUAUAAACAUUCGGAAUUGGUAUUCUUUGACAAAUGUUUUGAGAUAACAUAAAAGCAUGAGCCUGUAUUACUUACUCAUAUAUAGAUUGAUCAUGCACAAAACUAGCAGCAGAAGGUUGGAAAUUGAAUGCCGGUUUCUGAAAUGACAAAUGUUGCAUAUUUCACAGAUCACUUGUUGCUAAAAUAAAAAUGUGAACUCUGUAGCUAUCUUGAGCAACAGUUAUAUCUCAAACUAAAACAAACUGAUCUUUUUUUAAAAUAUAUAAUUCUUAAUUUGGAAUGGGGUAUGAUUUAUAUCACCGAACAUGCAGUUGAAAACAAAUCUCACAUAAAAUGGUCACAUUAUUGAAAAGAUGGAGCUGGAUUAAUUUCCAUAAUUGGCCAAGAUGAACUAUAAAAACCCUUCCCCUACUGAGGUAUUUUUGAGGGCAAGAGGUUUUUGUGAGGUAUAUUAUCAUCUGAAUUCAGUAAGUUGUUUAAAUUUAAAUAAAUUACAAUAAACAUUCUGAACAUUAGCUACACUGGGAUAUUUUCUAUGAUUUUACUUGAAUGCAUAUGAAACCAUUUUGCAGUCAUUCUAAUAAGGAAUAUUGCUGCAGUGUGAAACAACAAAACAUCAUUAGACUUUAGAACUCAAGCGUUAUGGUCCACAUACUGCUGAGUAUUUUGUUUUGCCAAUAGCAUAACUGCUUAUUCCAUUACUGGAUAAUUCAUGCCUUUCAAGCAUUUAUAAAUAUUGUCAUAUUUAAAAUGUGUGGUUUUGGAGGAAUUGUUCAGAUUUUUCCCCCCAACUUUGUCUUCAGGGUAAAUGCUUUCCUUUUCAACAAGUGCUUUGUAGUAAUGGCUGUGUUGACUGACUUCAAUUUUGGGGUGCAGUAACAAUGUUAAUCAUUAACUAUCUGGUCUUAUUGAAGCCAACACAGAAUUUGCUGCUGUGUUUCUCUUCAAUGAUAAAUAAACAACUUA